GUGUUGGUAUGUUGACUAUUCACUAUUCGUCAGUUCUUUUUCGUCUGCGUUAUGAGUAUGGUGUUUGAUAGACAAAAUUCACCAACAAAUUCAUGUGUUCCGUUCGACGAUUGAAUUUUUACCGGCUAGUUUAUCGGUACUUUUGUGUUGAUGGACGUAAUUUCGGUAAACAUCGAUUUUAAUUGCAAUAAUUGCACAAGUCAAUACAAAAAAUCAAUCUACAUGUGAUGUGCAAUAAAAUUAUGGAAAUUUAACCGCUAAAUAGAUUCAAUAUUGAUAGGAAACGAACAUUGAACAUUUUCGGUGUUUACUUUUUCAUAUGCAAGAACGAAAGCGAAACACUGAAAAAGGCUUUUAGUCAAAAUUAUAUUUAAGAGGAAAGAAAAAAAAAAGUUAAAUUAUUACGGUGAAGAAGAUGCUCGUGUACUUUAUUGCCGGGUUAUAAAAAUAAAUGUGCUAAGAUGUGAAUUAUGUGUUUGAAAACGAAAACAUUUUUAAUUAAACGAAAUAAAUCGUGAAAACAUGAAAGAUUUACCAAAAAUUUUAUCAACGGUACAGAAGCAUUGGGAUUACAGUUAUCGGAGUAAACAAACAUUGGAAUGUCUUAUCAAUCGAGAAGAAUGAAUUCGAUUUUAACGCUGAGCAUUAUUAUUGUAUUCGUUAACAGCCAGUCAACCUUGCAGCCAAAAACACCACGAGUAUGCUAUGUCUGCGGAAAGGGAUCACAGGAUCCCUUCAUGCAAACUAGCAAGGGUAAAUUGGAGUAUUCGGAUAUGGACAUACCAUUGUCCUGUGACGAAUUCGAAAGCACCAUCAAUUUGGAUAAGUUCAUAUUCACAUGUCCAUCAAACUAUGUGGGAUGCAUUACACAUUCGGACGGUGUCGAUGUCACCAGAACAUGUGAGCAACUGGCCAUAAACGAUUGCCAAACAGCCAAUGGCAUUGAGUAUUGCUACUGUACCGAAGAUCUGUGCAAUAAGAGACUUAUAUCCCCAAUCCAAAUGAAACACGAAACAUUUUACGAUGACGAAGAUGCAUCCGACAUGGACACAUUCGAAUCGUCUGGAUACGGUGCGAGCGAUACGAUUUUGGAUGAUACGAUGGAAACGACUAUUAAUGCAGCGUCAUCAUCGUCGUCAUCAUCAUCAUUACCAACAAUUCGACAUAUUGAGCCAGCAUUAUCGUCGGCAGUAACAGUGACGGCAAAAGUUACUACUGUUACCGCACCAACGGAAGCAAUAACCGCCAAUAAAGUUUUUACGACCAGCUAUAAUCAAAGCCAUACUAUUCCUUCGACUACGGUUGAUUCAAUAAAUACCAAUGCCAGUAGUUUUGUUAAAUGUUCAAAGGUUAUUACCAUUAUGCAAUUAUUAUUGAUGUUAAUUUUUCCGCUGUGCUACUAGAUAGUAUGGAGCCAUGUUGCUAUAAUUUCGAUUAUUUUACUCGAUUAAUUGCCAAACCUUUUCUACUUCUUCUUCUUCUUUUUUUAAUUAUCAAAAGACUGAUAUACUGUUUUAAGCGUUGAUAUGUAAAUAUAUGGAAUAAUUUAAUGGAAGAUAAUAAAAAAUAAAUAAAAAGAGAAGAGAAACAAAAAAAAAAUGAUAACACUUAUACCUUUAGUACCUACUGUAUACAGCACGGUUAAAAAAUGGGUUAAAGUGUAAAAAAAAUAUGUGUAAUAAUAUAUGGCUUAUCUUUAUCUGAAUCGGUAAAA